AUGCCGCGCUCCUUCCUGGUGGACUCGCUGGUGCUGCGGGAGGCGGGCGAGAAGAAGGGCGAGGGCAGCCCCCCGCCGCCGCUCUUCCCCUACGCCGUGCACCCCUCGCACCCGCUGCCGGGGCUGCCGGCCGGCUCCUGCCACGCGCGCAAAGCCGGGCUGCUGUGCGUGUGCCCGCUGUGCGUCACCGCCUCGCAGCUGCACCCGCCGCCGCCCGCCAUCCCCCUGCUCAAGGCCUCCUUCCCCCCGUUCGGCUCCCAGUACUGCCACCCGCCCCUCGGCCGUCAGCAGAACUCCGUGUCCGCCGUCAGCGUGGGGCACGGCCCGGCGCUCUACCAGGGCGCCUACCCGCUGCCCGACCCCCGGCAGUUCCACUGCAUCUCCGUGGACAGCACGUCGAGCCAACUGCCAAGCAGCAAGAGGAUGCGCACCGCCUUCACCAGCACGCAGCUUCUGGAGCUGGAGAGGGAGUUCGCCUCCAACAUGUACCUCUCCCGGCUGCGGCGAAUCGAGAUCGCCACCUACCUGAACCUCUCCGAGAAGCAGGUGAAGAUAUGGUUCCAGAACCGCCGGGUCAAACACAAGAAAGAAGGCAAAAGCGGAUCCCACCGGGGAGGGGGGUCCGGGCACAGCUGCAAAUGCUCGGCCCUUUCCACCACCAAGUGCUCGGAGGACGACGAGGACUUGCGCAUGUCUCCGUCCUCUUCGGGGAAGGACGACAGAGGCCUCGCCGCCACCCCCUGA